GAAGAAUAGCAUAAUUCUGCAGAAGGGCAGUGAACAAUGAGCUGAUCUCAAUUCAGGAAUAAGUUCCCAGUACAGAUGGCAGCAGAUGGAAGAAAGUUCAAAUACCUCUGCAGGAAAAUUGGACAAAGAGUAUAUGAACUACAGCAGUUGCCUCAAAUCGGGGCCUCUAAGGGUUAUAGCUGGCCUUCAAGGCAAAUGGAAGACAAAUAAUGUACUGACAAAGGAAGGAAAGGACUAAUACCACAGGAAGGCCAGAAUGGGUCCAGCUGUCGGUUAUUCCUGGUCUCUGUGCUGUUGAUCAUAGGGGAGAUGUCAUAGCUGGCAGCUGUCCCGCGUCAAGCAGAAGCACUGCAGAGGAAAUGAAAUUAAUCUUACCAGUUUCCAAAAGGUGCCGCUCCAGUUACGUGAUGGUGGAAGCUGAUGCUUCUGCUGGGAAGGGAGGAAAGAGCCAGUGCCGGCCAGCGGGAGGAGUUCUGGGCUCUGCUGAUGUCAAUGGCUGCUCCCUGCAUGGAAAAGAUGCAACAUGUGAUGACGCAACCACGUCUCUGUACAAGGUAACCAGCUCUUGUGGAAAGACCCAGAUGGCAGUUGCAAGCCCAGUGAGUGAGUCAAAAGGCGCUGUUUGGCUUGGCGAGGCGACCCCAAUGCCAGCAGCACCAGCCCCUUUGCUGCUGUCCCCGAGCUCAGCAGGUCUGGAAGCAGAGCUGCAAGUGCUCCUCAAGGCAAGGGGCAGUGGGAACAAAGGAGACAAAGGCUUGGAAGCACAAAUGAUGACUCAAAGCACUGGCAGGUCCCAAGGCACACACCACCACCACCAGUGCUUCCAGCACCAAAAACGUGGCACAGUGCUGAGGCAACACGUCCUGUGCCUCUUAAACCGCCGUGGACUGGCUUUGCUUCUGAAAUCACAGUUUCCCCUCAUUUUCGCUAGGGAAAGCAUGGCUGGAGAAUCUGGAAGGGUGUCUCAAAGCUGGAAGUGCUGA